AUGGUGCGUGGCAUUCAAAAACGUUCUGAUGUUAUAACAAUAACUGACUGGCAUGCUCCAAUCAUAUGGCAAGAAACUUACAAUAGACAGGUCCUGGAAAAAUAUUACAAAAGGCUGAACAUUACCAUAGGCUUGGCUACACUUGCUACUAGAAAAUUUACAAAUCUAUACCUGGAACAGUUCCUAGAAUCUGCUAAUAAGCACUUUAUGGUUGGCUACAAUGUUAUCUUCUACAUCUUCACUGAUAACACCAAAAGAAUACCUCUAGUGGAGUUAGGUACUUUCAGAACGUAUAAAAUAUUGCUUCUAAUUGAAGAAGGAUCAUUGGCAGACAGUGACUUCAUAUACAUGAAGACUUUGAGUGUGUAUCUCAUAGACAGCAUCCAGCGUGAAGUCAACUUUUUCUUCCUUAUGACUAUAAACCAGAUCUUUAAGAGUGACUUUGGAGUAGAAUCUCUGGGCAAAUCAGUAGCUCAACUCCAUGCAUGGUGGUAUUUUAAAAAUACUAGAGAGUAUCCUUAUGAGAGAAGAACUAAAUCAACAGCUUUCAUUCCCUUCGGACAAGGAGAUUUCUAUUACCAUCGUGCUAUUUUUGGUGGAACACCACGUAUGAUUUUAAACUUCAUUAGACAAUAUCUAAAAGGAUUUGUGCAAGACACCACAAAAGAACUUAACUGCAUGUAUGAAAGCUACCUAAACAAAUAUUUUUUUGUCAAUAAACCCACUAAACUGUUAUCACCAGAAUACAAUUGGGAUCCAAAAUUUAAAACUCCUCCACAAAUAAAACAUGUUAAAAUAGUAUGGCAGUCAGAAAUGACUUGA